GCAGAUGGUAAUAAUACAGGAACCGGUCCUGGCGACCCAUGGACGGGUAAUAGCGGUGGUGUCCAACCCCCAUACAGUGGAUACGUACCCCCUCAGCUGGCGCAGCCAGCCUAUCCCAUGCACCUACCCCACGACCCCAUGGCAUACUCGGCGAUGUCGCCGAACGGUGAAUCUGCAGCGCCGAUCUUGGGCUCGGCGGUGACCAGUGCGGCUUCCCUGCCGCCAAUGUCGACAUUCCGGGGUAGUGCCGCGGUCGCGGCGAACAGUGGCACAGGGGCGCCGUCGCCGGCAUCGUUGCAAUAUAGCCAUAGUCCUGGUGCACCGACGACCGCGCCCUCCGCGCCCAACACUGCACCCACGACGAACCAGCAAUCCACCACGGACGACACACUUGGCAAGACCCUCGCGUCCGUCGUGAGUACUCGAAUUUAUCCCACGGACCAAUCAGUAUCCAGUUAUAGCAGUAAUCCAUCUACGCCCGUCAGUUCGCCACCACCUUUAACCGGCUCGGCACCGGCUUGGGCACCUGGAGCCGCGCCAGUAUCUCCGCAUUUUACGGCGGAUCCCAAUCGUGGUAUUCAUAUGCCGGCGCCUGAACAGCAGAGGCUAGACGAUGCCAUCGGCUUUCUUCGUGACCACGCCGAGGGGACACGGAUGGAGGAGCGGUUAGACGAUGCCAUAAACGUACUGAGGAACCACGCCGAGAGUCAAGUGGCCCUUCAUCUUGGCCCGGUUGGUCCCCACGGCGGGUUAUACUCCCAUACGUCACCACCGCAGUUAGACCAUUUGGCGAGUCCACAUCCUGCGGUAACGGUGACGCAACCACAGGGUUCUUAUCCCGGUCUUACGCCUACGCCCGACACGGACGGUUCCAUUAAAAUCGAAAGGUUACCUGUGACGAAUGCCAAAUACAUCCCCUUAGAAAAGAGAAAAGACCCGCCCGACAGUAGCGGCGGUGAGACGAAGCCGUCGAGCAGCGAGCUCGCAGCUGCUGGUGUAAUCGGAGCUGCUACAGUCAACUCGACGUCACAAGGAAAAGGAACGAAGCGAUCGCGCAGAUAGUAAGUAUCUGGAAAAAUUCUUUCAGACACCAAACCAAGAUUCCCUCGGUAGAUCAAACGUGUCGAGCGAUAAAAUGAUAAAAAAAUAAAGAGAAACUGUAAUCAUCUUCGAGACACACACACACAC